AUGGGUGCCAUGAGGGCACUGCGCUCGCUGUCGCUUCGCUCCGUGUCGCUCGGCCGGGUCCAAGAUAUCAGGCCAUCUACCUGUGUUUGCCUCCGGAAGUUUAGCGGGCUGGCAGAUGAAGGUGGCGGGCUUCCAAGUUCGAUGACAGGCACGGUGAAACCUGGAGAGACAGCUGACAUUGCUACUGUGAUCCGUAACUGGUGGGCCUUUCCCGCCGUGGGCUUUGGCUCCUGCUUGGAGCUGCCGGUGCACCAAUUUGAGGUCCUGGGCACUGAAACGAAGUCUCUGGGCUCUGUUGUGGUGCCCAACAGCAUCUUUGGCCUGCCAAUCCGCAAAGACCUAAUCUUCAAAGCUUAUUGGUAUCAUCGUCGCAAGCUGGCGGGAUACCAGGACACGAUGCAGCUCUACAAGUGGGAGUGGCCUGGCGCCAACCGGAAGGUUCGAUCCCAGAAGAAGUCUGGCAAAGGCCGCAUGGGCCGCAGGAAGGCACCCGGCAGGUUCGAGGGUGUCCACUGCCAUGCCCUGCGUCCGCGCGACUGGGGAAACACCAAGCUGAACAGCCGAGUGCUUUGGCGGGCCGUUCGCUGCAUGCUGUCUGUGAAAUUCGUACAGAACUCCAUCAAGGUGGUUGACUCGUUCAACCUCCAAUCCCACAAAACCAAGCACUUGGUGCAGCACCUGCGCAGAUUGCUUGGUCAUAGGUGCCACAGCGCGCUGCUGGUGCAUGAAGGCAAUUUCGAUGUCAAUGACAACUGCCGGUGGGCUUCGGCGCAUAUUCCGGCUAUCCGUCGGGAGAACGUAGAGGGGCUGAGUGUCUACAACCUCUUGAAGUACCACGAAGUGGUGAUCACAGAGGCAGCCCUUGCAAAGCUUCUCAAGGAGAUCUUCCUCUUUCCGCGCAAGCGGGGGUGGAUACAACGCUAUGCGACGCCCGACCGGACUCGAGCUCCGGUGCCGGAGAAAGUCCCCGGGUGGAACCGAGCGUGGGUGGAGAAGAAGGAGAGAAUCCGGAAUUCGGAGUUCCGUGCCCGUGAGUUCUUCCAGGAAUCCCUGAAGUGGAAGUGGUCCUCAGACCUGAAGGGGCCCUUGAAAGUGCCGCGAACUGAUGCGCUCAGCGGCUUCCGGGUGAAGGAUUUUCUAUUGGCGCCAGAGGCGCCUGCCUGGGAGAAGCUCGAGAGCCUCUACGGCGACGAAGAGCCGCUGGAGGAGCUCGAGGAUGAGGAAUUUGAAGAACUCACCGGCAACCUUGAUGCACUACGGGAGCGAGGAGAGGCCAAAAGCAACAUCCUCGACAGGCCCGAAGUGGCCCAGAAGGGCCUGCACCAGUUGGCUCAGCUGGCGCAGACACGGAAGAGCUGA